AUGGCAACGGAGCGCUCACUGGGCGCUUUACUGCGUUCCCUUCAGUCUCCCUCCGACACUCAAGAUGGCUUAAGCUUGCUCCCUACCGCAACAAGCCUCUUAGCAGUUCUCAAGAACCCCUUGAAUAUAACUCUACUCGCCUCGCAGCUGCUAACAUCCGCGGCAAUAUGGAACCAAGCUGUCGAUCUGCACACCUGCCGACGGAUUAUCAGCGUCUUCAACACGGCUGCCAUGGCAAUUCUCCAAAGCGAGGAAUCGGAAGACCCCCGAAUACCCUGGGGCGGCCCGGGACCUAAAAAGCUGGAUCGUGAGGAGUGGGUCAAGGCGGUUGUCAGCGGUGCUGAUGAGAAGUCGCCGCGAUGGAGGCACUUGCUUUUAAUUGGCGGUGUUCUCCUGGGGUUUGAAGGACAGGAUAGGCAGGGCCUACCGUGGAACGUUCGGAAGAAGCUAGAGGCCGCUCUUGUUACGGCUGCGCAGCUCGCUUUGGAGGAGCUGGACCCCCAUGACGGCGUCGAUGGUCGUUGCGUCACUAUGGUUCUGAAUUAUUCGUUUGAACUCCUCUCGGACCUUGAGAGGAGCAGACUCGACUAUGAUCGGCUGUUGCCAGUCAUGGUCCAGACGGUGUAUUUCUCACCCGAGGGAUUUGAGGGAGCAUAUUUCCUGGGCAGUGUCGACCAAGAUAUCGUCCAAAUGCCCUCGAAGCAAUUUGCAUGGCCACCGCAGUCUACUACUGUCCAGCGAGUGAUGGCUAUCUCUUCCAGCCCUCUUAUCUCGGCGUUGGGCCCGCUUUCCAGACUCAUUGCCCAUGCGGUCGAAAACGUCCGGGAUCCUAGGCUAGUUGCGCGGUCUGUCGACCAGCUUGCGGACUUUGUUCGGACUUUGGCCGUGCAGUGGCGACAGAACAAGCUAUCAGAGGUUGAUAAAGCUGAAGAGGUUGAGUUUCUGGAACCAAACUCUCUCAGAGAAACAAUACCCAGCUUGUGGAAGCUGCUCCGCAAUUGUCUAUAUUCCGCUGUCAUUAUUCUUCGUGCCGUUUUUGGCCGGGUGAUUAACGACCGAGGACUGGCAUCUGACAAGAGUGCGCCGUUCAUCUCAAUGCAGGCUCUCCACAUUCUCCGCAAUCUAUAUUUCAUCUCCACUCGAGUCGGUCCGAACUCCUCAUCCCAACAUACAUUUGUGACAUUAGCGGCCGUGGACAUUCUGGCCCAGUAUCCUGUCUUGAGUGAGAAUUUCCUCAAGAGCAUCAAACCAACCGAGAUUGGCCACAUUCCUGCUCAUCCCCUUGAUCGAUGCCUUGAUUUAUUCUUCCUGAAUACCUCGGAGCUUUUCACAACCGUCGUAUCGCCGAAUUUCAGUGAAGAAUUACUUAUACAAGCCGCGAUGCCCUACAUCGCAGCAGGUGGAAACAACCACCUUCUCGAAAUAUUUGAGGCAGCGCAUAGUUUAGCCCUUGCUAUAUUCGCAAUCCCCAAUAACGCGGCUGUGGCUGCGACACAUCUUCCGUUUUACAUAGAUAACCUCUUCGCUGUUUUUCCGAACAACCUUUCCGGCCGCCAAUUCCGGCUUGCCUUCAAGACAGUCCUCCAAGUCACUGCGCCUCCAUCUCCCAUCGCAAACCGCCAACCUCUCCUUCCCUCAAUCCUUCUCGAAGUCCUCUACGACAGAGCCCUUAAAAACGCCUCCACUGACCCACUCCCACCUUCCUCUCAGCCAUCAAACUCGCCCGAUCCAGACAUGGCCAAGGAAGCCCCAGUCCUGCUCUCCGAGCAAGCAACCCUAACUCUCGCGCUCAUCGACAGUCUAUGCUUCCUUCGGGUCGAAGAUCUAGAAGAGUGGCUCCCGCUCACUGCAAACUUAAUAAACGCUAUAUCUGCGCCAGAGAUGCGGAUGGCCUGUGUGGAGCGGUUCUGGGGUACCUUGAGUAAUGGGGAGAUGGAUGUCGAUAGGGCUCAUUACUGUGUUACAUGGUGGAGUACAAAGGGUGGAAGGGAGAUGAUUUUGUUGGGACUUGAGAAUAAUGCGGUUGCGCAGGCCGAUGAACAGGCCGGGGGUCAGGGUGCUUAUAUGAGUGGGGCAGUUGGAGGAGUUGCUCCGGAGAGCAAACUCUAG